UAGUAAUAAAAGAGAGAAAAAAGAAAAGAAAGCUCAAUAGUGUAACUCAAUAUUUGAGACAGUUCAGGAUCUUGAAAAUAAACAAACACAAUUGAACCAAAAAAAAAUGGAUUCAUGUUCAUUAACAUGUAAAAAGUUAACAGUAAUUGCAGUAUUAGCAGUUUUAAUCCAAAUAUUUGGCCUUGCACUUUUUGUUCUUGGUUUUUUCCCUGUUAAACCAGCACUCUCUGGAUUCAGUGGGGUUGAGAGUUUUUAUCAACCUGGAGCAGAUUCAGCUGAAUUUCAGAAUACUACCAAUUUAUCAGAUAGUCAGCUCAAAUAUUUGUACCAGGAGUUGUCUUUGGUGCCUCCUUUAUUUGAUCGGUUGAUACUUAUGGUUGUUGAUGGUCUUCCAGCCGAAUUCGUGCUAGGGAAAGAUGGUGAACCUCCUCUGAAGUCUUUCAAGGAAGCUAUGCCAUAUACUCAAUCCUUAUUGAGUAACGGGAGGGCAAUCGGGUAUCAUGCAAAAGCUGCACCCCCUACUGUCACAAUGCCUCGGUUGAAGGCCAUGGUUUCUGGUGCGGUUGGGGGAUUUUUGGAUGUUGCUUUCAAUUUCAACACGCAAGCGCUGCUGGAUGACAACAUAAUUGUUCAAUUCCUAAAAAUUGGUUGGAAAAUUGUGAUGCAUGGUGAUGACACAUGGCUUAAGUUGUUUCCUGGAAUGUUUUCGAGGCAUGACGGUGUUAGCAGUUUCUUUGUCAAAGACACUGUCCAAGUAGAUCAAAACGUAUCUCGGCAUUUGGUUGAUGAACUUAGUCGCGCUGACUGGGAUCUUCUGGUUUUGGCCUGUGUAGCCCAAUCCCGACUUUUGAGUGCUGCGUUGGUUGAAUAGGAGGUCCUCAAUUUUGGGAAAUACGAUGCUGCAAGGCUCCUAGGGUAUUUUUAGCAGGAAGCCACUGAAUAUGGCAUGUAAUAUGACUGCAGGCAGGAAAAACAUUAGCAUGUAAAAUCAAUUGAGAGAAAAGAAAGAGAACCGAAGUUGCUCAAAAUGAUAGAACCAAAGGAGCAUACCCAGUGGCAGCAACCAGACGAAGAGCAGCAACUGCUGGCUUUCUGUCUUACAAUGUAGCAGUAAUUAGUAUACUUAAUCCCAACUCAGCCUGAGAAAUCAUCAUCAUUGUAAUUGUGUACUUUUGUCUAGGUUUUAUCGUCAUCUCAUCAUUAUUGAUGUGUGUAAUUCAUCAAGGUUAAUUUACUUUGACGUAUGAUGCAGAAAUGCCUAUCGAUAGCAAAUUAAGUUUUAGCUUAUAUGGGAAGUUGAUUUAAUGAACGAGGUAAUCUAAGUUUUGGUUAGCAUUGGAAGGAAAAGAUCCAGAUCUAUUGCCGCAAGUAGAGGAAGAGUUUUUCUCUUCCCAACGGCUUUGCUUUUGAUAUAGAAAGUUAGAU